CCACAAUGCAGCUCGAGACAGCCGUGGAGCAGCUCCAGGCCCGCUGGCAUCACCGCUCUGCAGCCAGCCACCCUCCAUUGUCAGCCCUGGGGGGCCAGCCCUGCAUGGGGACACGGGCACGGGCCCAGGCCUGGCUUUAGGGGCUGUGCCCUGGGCUGGCUGCAGGAGGGGGUGACACGUGGGGGCUCAGGCGGGGAGCAGGGCGCUGAGCCCCCGGCAGCCAGGGGAGAUGAGCUCGCAGGAUGAGCAGUUCCCAGCAGCAGCAGCAGCUCCCGAGGCAGCAGCGGCCGAUGAGGGCAUGACCUGGUGGUACAGGUGGCUCUGCAGGAUUGCCGGGGUCAUCGGGGGCAUGUCCUGUGCCUUUGCUGGUCUCUGGAACUGUGUCACCAUCAACCCCCUGAACAUUGCAGCCGGCGUGUGGAUGAUGCUCAACGCCUUCGUCCUGUUCCUGUGCGAGGCCCCGUUCUGCUGCCAGUUCAUCGAGUUCGCCAACGCCGUGGCCGCCAGGGCCGACAGGCUGCGGGCCUGGCAGAAAGCAGCCUUCUACUGCGGGAUGGCCGUGUUCCCCGUCGUGCUCAGCCUGACGCUGACCACGCUCCUGGGCAACGCCAUCGCCUUCGCCACCGGCGUGCUCUACGGCCUGUCGGCCCUCGGAAAGAAGGGAGAUGCCAUCUCCUACGCCCGCAUCCACCAGCAGCAGAAGCAGAUGGAUGAAGAGAAGCUCACGGGGAGCCUGGAGGGACAAUCUCUCUGAAGGACACGAGUUCUGGGUAGCAUCUCCUGGACAAUGAGAUGGUGAAGAUGUGGAAAUCCACUCUGCCCUUCCCUCUGUCCACUCCCUGCUACACCACAAUUUCCCUGGACACUGCAGCAACUGGAAAUCUCAGGGGCUGGGGCAGGCUGCAUCCUCUCCUCACACCAGCAGCCAGACCUCAGCAUGUCUCUCCUUCUCUCCUCAGCCCUCAACCCAAACAGUGUCCCUAUUUUUAAUAUUUUCUUUUCUUUUUGCUGCAGAGGUGCUGGCUCUCUGAGUGCUGCUUUCCCAGCCUUCUUGUUUUUUUGACUGCCCUCUGGAUGGGUGAGGAGGACAGAGUUCCUGCCAGUGCAGGUUCCAUGUGUUUAGGAACACUCCCUGGGAUGGCCCUUCCCAGGUACAACCCCUAAAACCCCCUGAUGCUUAACUUUGGUCUUCUUCCACUGUUUUAAUUAUGGGACCAAGCACUGGAGGCAUCGCUGCACGGGAAAGGAUUUCCAGCAAAAGCCCAUCUAAAGAUAAAAUCCAUCUCUUCAGAGGAGCUGCCAGAGCUGCUGGGUCAGAUCCUGGGACCUCCAAAGCACAGUCUCUGCUUCCUCUGGAUACAGCUACAGGCAGAGACUGCCAUUUACUUGAAUUAUGAGAAUUAAUUACUUUGUCUUAAUAAGGGCACUUUUCUUAAGCUUCACUCUUUUACUGGGGCAGAAGGGAAACAAUAUUUGCUGUACCUCAGCUGAAAAGGAUGUUGUUUCUUGAGCCAAGUGGGAAUUUUUGCUGGUGUGAGGGUCACUGAUGUGCAGGAGCAUUGAGCAUUCCUGCCUCGUGAGCCUGGGACUCUGCAUCCCUCUGUGAAGGAACCUGCUCUGCUUGCCUGCCACAGCCUUUGUUUUUGGGAUUGUGGUUUUUUGCAUCAAUCCUGAGCUGCUUUUGUGUGGGAAGGUGGCACAUCUUCCCUGUGCAAACAGAGAGGAGGCUGCACCAUUUCAGUGUGGACAGCUGGGAUGUUUUACUUUGCUGUUCCAGGCUCUUUCUGUGAUUUUCACAUUGUAUUUUCUGUUUGCUUUGUACCAUGCAGUACAAAACUGCUCCCUAAGUCCAGAUCCCCCUCUUCUCAUCCCACUUUGUCCUGGGGAUUUUAAUUUAUUUGAUUUUUAUAUGGUUGCUUUUUGUUUUGAUUAGGAAAAAGGGGAAUAAUUUAUUUCUAGUUUA